AUGUCUAAUACAUUGCGUCCAUAUUUAAAAGCAGUUAAAUCAACCUUAACGGCUGCAUUAUGUUUAGAAAAUUUUCCAUCUCAAGUGGUUGAAAGACACAACAAGCCUGAAGUAGAGGCUAGAUCUUCGCCUGAAGUUGUAAUGAAUCCAUUGAUAAUUAGCCGAAAUGAACAAGAAGGAGUAUUGAUAGAGCCAUCAAUUAAUUCAUUGCGCAUGAGCAUAAAGAUCAAACAAGCUGAUGAAAUGGAAAGAAUUUUAUGUCACAAAUUCACUAGAUUUAUGAUGUUAAGAGCCGAUAAUUUUAUUAUAUUAAGAAGAAAACCAAUAAAAGACAAAUUGGUAGAUUUUAUUAUUAACUUUAUGGAAGAAGUUGAUAAAGAAAUUAGUGAGAUGAAAUUAAGUUUCAAUAAAAGAGCAAGAGCCAUCGCAGGAUCUUAUCUUUUACAGGAUGUCAUUGUUCAAAAAAAUUGGCAAGAUAGCAAAAAAGACCUAAACAACAAAAAAAAUUUAAAAUUAAAAGUUUCAAUUCUUUUACUUUCAUUUUCUAGUAAUUUCCACUUGUCCAUUGACGAGUCUGUAUUUUCGGCUCUUUUGGAAUGUGCUUAUUCUGACCCAAAGCAUCAGGUUAUUGGUUAUCUUGGAGGAAAAUGUAGCAUUGGCAAAUCUGAUAUGAUCAUAUGUCAUGUUAGUCAAUUUGUAGCUUUGGAAAGGUGUAUUCCUUCUCUACUGACUGACACAGUGAAAGAGAUUAAUCUGGCUUAUGAAGAAACAAUCAAAAAAUUUAAGGAUAUGGGACUAAUAUUAGUAGGCUGGUAUCGAAGUGCUGGUAUUAUCAUUUCAAUAUCUACAACAGGAUUUCCCUCACUAGGUCCAAAAGGACAAAUAUCAGAUGGAAUAACUAACACAUUUUGUAUUUUUAGAACAUCUGAAAAUACCAUUCUAAAUGACUUUGAUGCUAUUAACACACCAUCACAAGGUACCAAAUCUAAAAAUGGUAAAAUAUCGAAAGGAAAAGGCAAGGAGUUGCCUAAGGUCAACAGGACAAUUCUUCAUGAAUCAAAACAGGUAUAUAAUGAACAAAUAUUGGAUUGCGAGAAUAGAAUUGGUCAAAAGGUAUUCGUUGACUCACAAUAUGAAUCGUUUCUUUUGAAUUUUUUGAGAAAAUCAGUAGUUCAGUUUGAUAGGUCAGUGGAUCAAGAUUUUAGAUCAUUAUCAAUUGCAAAGCAUCAUGCUAAGAUGUUAAUAAGUAAACAUUUGAAUGAAACAUUGGGAAUAUUACAACAAAAUAAGAUUAAAGAUGAAAAUCAAUUAAAUUUAUGGCGAAGGAAGCUUGAAAAAUUGAUAGAAAAUAUGGCAAUGCAAAGAUUAUCUAAAAAAGAAAAGGAAAUGAAAAAAAAUAAUCCAUCAGAGUUUGAUUUAAAUAAAUGGCCUAACUUGACAUCGUCACUAGAGAAUGCAAAUGGUUCUGAUACACUGUUAGGAUAUAAAUUAUCAGAAAAUUUUAAAGAAUUUACUAUAAAAAAAAAUGAACUUGAUUUAAUGAAUGAAAAAUCUGACAUUUCUUCUACAAAUAACAAGUCUAGCACAUUGGGUUUUAAUUUAGAAACCAAAAAUUCCUCUACAAAUAAUUUAACAUCUACUACUACACCUAUUCUACCAUAG